AAAAAAAAAUCAGCUGUCACUUUAACAUUGACAUGUCCCGUCCAUGCCCCUGAUAGGAGGUAAUAUUGAAAUCGCUAGAUUCUAGAUUAAACUCUAAAAUGCAAGAACAUAAUACCAAAUAAUAAAGUUUGAGAAUAAGUAUCUUAGUUUUUACAUGAAUACUAAUCGUUUUAAACGUUUCUACAAAUAAAACAUAAAAUGACUAUCGCCGAUUACGUGAGUGCUUUAUCGCAAAACCCUUACUUUGGAGCUGGUUUCGGCUUAUUCGGGGUUGGAGCGGGGGCGGCAAUAUUACGAAAAGGUUUUCAGACAUCUAUGGUCUUAUUUCGAAGGCAUUGCAUGAUCACCCUUGAAGUACCAUGUAGAGACAAAUCCUAUCAGUGGUUACUACAGUGGAUAACGCAAAAAGGUGCGAGGCAAACACAGCAUUUGAGUGUCGAAACGUCUUUCGAACAGAGAGAUACGGGUCAAAUCAAAACCAAAUAUGAGUUCAUUCCUAGUGUUGGACAACAUUUUUUUAGAUAUGCUGGAACAUGGAUAAAAGUUGACAGAACCAGAGAACAACAAACACUGGAUCUACAUAUGGGCAUCCCUUGGGAAACAGUCACAUUAACAGCAUUUGGUCGGAACAAGCAGUUGUAUUAUGACAUACUUGAAGAUGCAAGAACUAUGGCCCUAAAACAACAUGAAGGCAUGACCAUAAUGUAUACAGCCAUGGGAUCAGAAUGGAGGCCCUUUGGACACCCACGACGACGCCGCCCUAUAAAAAGCGUCGUCCUACGUGCCGGAUUGGCAGACCGAAUCUUAACAGAUUGUUUAGAUUUUAUAAAGAAUCCACAAUGGUAUACGGAGCGAGGCAUUCCAUAUAGAAGAGGUUAUUUACUAUAUGGGCCACCUGGAUGUGGAAAAUCCUCGUUCAUAAUGGCAUUAGCAGGUCAAUUAGAGUACAACAUCUGUGUCCUUAACUUAUCUGAAAGAGGCUUGACGGAUGACAGGCUUAAUCAUCUUUUGAGCGUUGCGCCUCAACAAUCCAUCAUAUUAUUGGAAGACAUAGAUGCAGCUUUUGUGUCCCGUGAAGACACUCCUAAACAAAAAGCUGCUUAUGAAGGAUUAAACCGCGUUACAUUCAGUGGAUUACUUAAUUGCCUUGACGGUGUUGCUUCUACAGAAGCUCGGAUCGUGUUCAUGACAACAAACUAUUUGGAGAGAUUAGAUCCAGCUUUAAUCAGACCUGGACGGGUAGACAUGAAAGAAUUUGUUGGAUACUGUGAUCAAGAGCAAGUGGAACUUAUGUUCUUAAGAUUUUAUAAAGGCGAGCAAGCUGCCGAACUCGCACGAACUUUUGCUACAAGGGUCAUGGAGAUGAAAAAGGAAGUCAGUCCCGCACAAAUUCAAGGAUACUUCAUGUUCCACAAACAUUCUGAUCCUAAAGAUGUAUUGUUAGAUGUUACAUCAAUAUGGACACUGGGAUAGUGAGAAUAAUAAUUAUAGAUGUGAUAAAAUGAUUAAAUAAAAUUAGACAUAGCAUAAUUACAA